GCUCUCUCUACAUACAGUGUUGAUGUACCGGGCUGAGGCUCUGGAAGACUUUACCGGCCCAGAUUGCCGUUUUGUGAAUUUUAAAAAAGGAGACCAUGUCCAUGUCUACUAUAAACUGGCGGGGACCUCGCCGGAAGUUUGGGCUGGAACUGUUGGACGUAUUUUUGGAUAUUUUCCAAAGGAUUUACUUCAGGUAGUCCAUAAAUACACGAAAGAAGAGCUACAAAUUCCAGCAGAUGAGACAGAUUUUGUUUGCUUUGAUGGGGGAAGAGACACUUUUGAUAACUACAAUGUAGAAGAACUUCUAGGAUUUUUGGAUUUGCACAAUCCUGCAACUAGAGAUUCUGAGAAAGCUCUAGAGAAAACCUCUCAGCCUGUGGAAGAGCCUCCUGAAGUACCUGAAGAAAGUGACCCUGAACCUGACUCAGUACAAGCUACCUCAGAAGAAAGAGAAAGUGUUUUCUCAGAAAGCACCAAGGAACUCCAGGACCGUCCUGAGGCUCCGAAGAACCACCCCCCUGUGAACAGUCCAAGAAAUCACCCUCAGGGAGAACAAUCCUCAUUGGAACCGCUGGAAGAAAUGCUUCGAGAUAACUUAAACGCGUCAGCCAGCGAAAACAACUCAGCCAGCAAUAGCUCUCAGCUCUCCAGUGAGCAGAAGACGGAUGCUUAUAAACUUUUGAAAAAAGAAAUGACCGUGGACUUGAAAACCAAAUUUGGCUCAACUGCUGAUGUACUUGUGUCUGAUGACGAGACAACCAGGCUCGUUACUUCCUUAGAAGACGAUUUUGAUGAGGAAUUAGAUGCUGAGUACUACGUAGUUGGGAAGGACGAAGAGGAAGAGGAUGAAGAAGACUUUGAUGAGUUGCCAUUACUAACCUUCACAGAUGGAGAGGAUUUGAGAAUGCCAGUGGAAUCUGAAGUUGAGAAAUAUUCAACCGAUAAAGAGCAGAAUUCAAGUGAAGAGGAUGAGGGGGAGGUAACUCAGCCCCUUGGCAUCAAAAAGGGCGAUAAAAGUAUGCUAACAUCUUUGGAGGAUACUGUCUUCUCUGCUGUCACAGAGGGUGCAGAGCAAACAGGUAUGGAUUUUGAGAGUUCUGAUUCAGAGGGAGAAGAGGAAGGUGAGGAUGGAUUAAUCCCAGACAGCAAAUGGGGGAAACCACAAUCAGCAGCAGAUGAUAAUGACCCUGAAAAGGCAGAAGAUGUAGUUCCUAAAACAAAUAAUGACAAAAACCCAGUAAUGGACACAGAACUUCAUAUUAAAGGAAAGGGGAGGACAGUUGAGGAGUCCAACAGGGACCUGGUGGAAGGUAAGAAAGGAUUGGAGGAUGGAAAGAAAGAAGACAGGACUCUGCCUGGUUCUAUGCAAAGCAGUAACCUCAACUCUUUGCCAGCUACUGAAAAGGGUAAAGAAAUAUUAAAAUCAGCCUUUCAUAACAAAGAAAAUGACCUAAAAGGAGCAGCUGUUCAUAUCUCAAAAGGAAUGGCCCGUGAAGAGAAGCCUGGAGAACAGAUUUCGGAAGGUGGCUCAGUGAAUGCAUGGAAACAUAGAGCUGCAGGGAAUGAAAUGAAGGAAGAAAAGAUUAAACAGGAAGCCAUGGAUGGUACACGGCUCCUGGGAGAUAAUGAGCAUAAUGCAUCCAGAGACAGUGUGGAGAAGGGAAUAGAUGUUUCCGGAAAUGGACCAGAACAACACAUGCCCGCAGCGGAGCAUCCAAGUGAGGAAUUUAAAGAGGAACAGCUUCUUAAAACUCAAAAUCAACCUAGGUUCUCCUCUCCCGAUGAAAUUGGUUUGUCAGCAGAACUGGAAGAUGAGGGUUCCAUUCUGGGAAGAAACCUGUCCGGGCAGCCGGGAGGAGAUGUGGCUGCUGCAGUUAAUACGGAAGUGAAGGGGAAGACAAGGCUGAAUGAGGAAGAGGUCACAGGUGACACCUUCAGUGAAGAGCUUGUUCAUCCACAGCCAGGCACUCCGGAAGCGGCAGCAGCAGGCCAGACUGAUAGCGCAGAAGUACCAGGUUUCCAUCCUGAACAACCAGAGGCAGAGGAGGAAGAUUCCAGCGCUGAAGAACUGCUGGAGGACGAAAAUGCUGUAAGUGCAAAACAGUCUAAAGAAAAAGGCCCUGGGAUGCAGGACAGGCAGUUAGAUGUUAAUCCACAAGUCUCUGGAAGUGGAAUUUUCGACGCCAUAAAUACUAACGUAGACACUGAAGAAAACAAAGAAAACACUAGUAAUAUUUUGGAAACUGAAAGCAAAAAUGAAACUGAGGGCAGAGGGGUAGGCACGCUAGGCAAGGAACCUGGUGGCCCGGAGGUAGAAACAGAAGAAAGCCCUCCUGCAGGUAAGAAAGCACAGGGACCAUCUGAAGGGAGUGACUUUCCUGACAAGAGAAAAUACCAGACUCCGGAGUCAGGUGAAGUACUUCGGAGUCAAGACCCUGGUUAUCUUAAAGAAGACCACCCUAAGGAACACCCAAAGACCUCGGGGUUCGCAGAGAAGCCUGGGGGAGAGCUCUCGAAAGCGGGCCAGGAGGACACAGAGAGGUCCAUGGACACACAGAGCCAGGGGGCUGCUGCUGAGGCACGUGAAGGCGACGUCCCCGGGGCUGCACACACAACCGCAGAGCACAGCCCCCACAGGGAGGACCUGCCUAUCAUCAGCAGCUUCUUUAAGGAGCAGCAGUCCCUGCAGCGGUUCCAGCAGUACUUUGAUGUCCACGAGCUGGAGGCCAUGCUCCAAGAAAUGUCGCGAAAGCUGAAGUCGGCACAGCGGGACAGCCUUCCCUACAAUGUGGAGAAAGUCCUGGAUAAGGUCUUCCGGGCGUCUGAGUCACAGAUUUUGAACGUAGCAGAGAAAAUGCUCGAUGCUCUUGUGACCGAAUGGAGAGAUUCGGGAAUGAAAGAGCGUAACAUUCUCGAAGAGGCUGCAGUGCUAGACGAUGUUCAGGACCUGAUCUAUUUUGUCAGGUACACACACUCCACAGGGGAGGAGACUGGACCACUGGCAACGACACAGCCUCCAGAGGGAGGCUGGGGGGGACCAGCAGAAGUGAUACAGCCACCGCUGGAAGAUAAUUUCCCACAAGAGAACAUAGAAGAUCUCAAAAUGCAGAUUCCUGAGGAGGCUGGCCAUUCAGAUCAACCCGUGACUAGUCACGUGGGUGUCUUAGAAGUGCCACAGAAGCCAAAUACUGAGAAAGAUGAACACCCAGGGAUAUUUGUAACCGAAAGCACUCCUGACUAUUUUGUUGAUGGAAAAGAGCAACUAGAAAUACGUGUCGAAGAGCCAGCUAGCGCCACGCCUGUCAUGGUUUAUUUGACUAAGACGCUGCUUUCUACACUGCCUGGUGAUGUUCAGUCCGGGCCUGAUUUUUAUGGACUGCCAUGGAAGCCUGUACUUAUCACGGCCUUCUUGGGAAUUCUUUCAUUUGUCAUUUUCUUCUGGAGAACCAUCCUUGCUGUAAAGAGCCAUGUGUACCAAGUCACUGAACAACAAAUUUCUGAGAAGCUGAAGAUGCUCAAGAAAGAAAACGCAGAUCUUGUACAAAAAUUGUCAAAUUAUGAGCAGAAGGUCAAGGAAUCAAAGAAGCAUGUUCAAGAAACCAAGAAACAAAAUAUGAUUCUCUCUGAUGAAGCCACUAAAUUCAAGCAUAGAAUCUUAUAUCCCAGUGUCCCUACUGAAAUCCUGAUAUAUUUUGUGUUCUUUUCCACAUGGCAGAUAUCGGAAAACAAGAUAUCGUUAGAGAAGUUAAAGGAUGUUAUUGCAAUGAAUGCCUCAGAACUUUCAGAGGUUCAGAUUGCCCUUAACGAAGCUAAACUUAGUGAAGAGAAGGUGAAGUCCGAAUGCCACCGGGUUCAAGAGGAAAAUGCUAAGCUUAAGAAGAAGAGAGACCAGUUGCAGCAGGAAAUCAAAGACUUGAAUAAAUCCCACGCUGAGCUCAGUGAGCAAAUCAAAUCAUUUGCGAAGUCUCAGAAAGAUAUGGAAGUAACUCUUACUCAAAAGGAUGAUAAUAUCAAUGCUUUGACGAAUUGCAUCACACAGUUGAAUCGGUUAGACUGUGAAUCUGAAUCUGAGCAUCAACAUAAAACAGGAAAUGAAUCAGAUGAACUAGCAAACGGGGAAGUGGGAGGUAAGAGGGGUUUCAGGCAGGCUAGUCCUCUUUCUGCCUUCCUGUCUUUAAUCAAUAACCAGUGCGCCUUUAGAGUUGUGGGCGCACGUCGCUGGAUCUGUGUGUGCGUCCGUGUGCGCUGGGCAGAGAUUGCAUUGGAAAGAGAAAGAAUGGUUUUCGGUGUUCGUGUUUCCCACCCUCAAGUUGCCCAGUCCUUGUGCACACGCAGCUCACACGUGUUCUCCUCUGCAGACCAAAUAAAGAAGUUGGAAGACGAGCGCAGCUCCCUGCAGGCCGCUAAGGCCGGGCUGGAGGAGGAGAACAAGACCCUGAAGCAGAAGGUGGAGAUCCUGAACGAGCUCUACCAGCAGAAGGAGAUGACGCUACAGAAGAAGCUGAGCCAAGAGGAGUUUGAGCGGCGAGAAAGGGAGCAGCGGCUGUCAGCGGCCGACGAAAAGGCGGUUUCAGCGGCAGAGGAGAUAAAAACCUACAAGUGGAGAAUCGAAGAGCUGGAGGAUGAAUUGCAGAAAACGGAGCGCUCCUUUAAAGACCAGAUUUCUGCUAAUGAGAAGAAAGCGCACGAGAACUGGCUCAAAGCUCGUGCGGCAGAAAGAGCUAUGGCUGAAGAGAAGAGGGAAGCAGCCAAUUUGAGACACAAGUUAUUAGAAUUGACCCAGAAGAUGGCGAUGCUGCAAGAACCUGUGAUUGUAAAACCAAUGCCCGGGAGGCCCAGCACACAGAACCCUCCACGGAGAGGCCCCCUGAGCCAGAAUGGCUCUUUCGGCCCCUCACCCGUGAGUGGUGGAGAAUGCUCCCCGCCACCGAGAGACCCACCCACGAGACCUCUCUCUGCCACGCUCAGUCGAAGAGAUGUGCCCAGAAGUGAAUUUGGUUCAGUGGACGAGCCUCCACCUCCUCUCCAGUGCUCUGAGGCACCUGGGAGCCCCUCUGCCUCUGACCCCGGGUCUGGUGCAGCUCCCAUGAUGAACAGCAGCCCAAGAAGCGCGUCCCCGUCCAGGGUGGGUGAGGGCAAGGUGAAUAUGGCUGCAGAAGGGCCCCCUCCAUUCCCAGGCGUGCCCCUCAUGGGAGGCCCUCUACCACCGCCCAUUCGCUAUGGACCACCUCCUCAGCUCUGCAGGCCUUUCGGGCCUCGGCCAUUUCCUCCACCGUUUGGUCCUGGUUUCCGGCCACCUCUAGGCUUAAGGGAAUACCCACCGGGCGUGCCACCGGGGAAACGGGACGUGCCUUUCGACCCUCGAGGAUUUGUACCGGGACACCCUCAUUUUAGACCUGGAGGCUCCCCUGGCCCUCGGGAGUACUUCGCUCCUGGCCCCCGACUACCGCCCCCGAGCCACGGCCCCCCGGAGUACCCUUCACCUGCUGCAAGAGACUCACUGCCUCCUGGAUCCAGAGAGGAGCCCCCACCUGCCUCUCAGAGCGGCAGCCAGGGCCCCUCCCAGACCUUGAAGCAGAGCCCAUAACUCCGACACACAGCCGGAGAGGAAGUGGACUGUGCACUACCCAUUACAGUCUCAAAUCCAAACGUUUCAAUAAAGUUAGUUUUUAGACCUAAGCUGCCCCGGCAGUGUGCAUUUUUGAGCCAAACAAUGAAAAAAUACCAUUUCUCCCCUCAAAUGAACAUCACCUCGUAAGCUAGAACCCCCUCCCAACUUUGAAAUGUGCAAUAAAGAAUACCUGUGUCUUAGUUCGUGUAGCCUAUGUAACUGUUCAAUGAUUUAGGACGUCAUGAAAAAUAUGAACAUUUCCUGUGGAAAUGCCAUAAGAACAUGUAUUUCCAUUUAUUAUCCUGUUUUUAGUGGACACCAGUUGAACGCAGAGCAACGGUGUUCAUAAGCUUGAAUUUUUAAAGUAUCUGGUCGCAAGGACUGUUACGCUAAAAAUGUUUACUAAGAAAUCACUGAACUUUAUCUCCCCUCUUGCUGAAGUUCUUUGUAGUGGAAGUUCAUUAAAAUUUGGUUAUUAAUGUUU